UUCAUUUUUUAUACUGGUAGCGUAAUUUAAAAAAGAACCAUGAACACGGUACUUGUGACGUUUUUUUGUUUGUUGCCGGUUAUUAUUGCGCAUGGUUUUGAUGCAAAUGUUUCAAAUUGCCCACCUGAGGAUGCAAUAAAACCAUGCACAUGCCGUUCCAUAAGAAGAGAAAUCUCAUGUUCUGGACUUCUUAACUCUGAUGACUUAAGAAAGGUGUUUAAGAAUUUCGCUGGAGGUAACUACAUAGAAUUGGUGAUUGAUUCAUCCACUAUGCAAUAUAUUCCACAUGACAUAUUUGAAGGUGUAAAACUGCGAGUGAUAACCGUGAAAAAUUCUACUCUUGUUGAUUUGUUCAAUGCUCCACCAACUUCUCCAUCUGCGAUAAUAAGAAUACACAUUGAGAAUUCAAAACUUCUAAGAACCAGUUGGAAUCACUUAGCAACACUUACCUAUCUAUCUGACUUACGAAUUGAUGAUACUAGUAUUCGAGUUUUGGAUGAAACAUUUGGCAGGAGUUUACCAAAGGGCAUGAAAUAUAUCAGCUUACGUGGAACCGAAACAAGAACAAUCAAAGCAGGUGCAUUCCAUGGAAUUGACAAUAUAAUUUCAAUUAGUGUCAAAAAUGCAGGAUUGUCCACUUUAAGAAGAGAUAUGUUUCCCGUUCCGUUCUAUGGCUAUAACUUAUUUUUCAUGGAAAACAAAUUGACCACACUUCCUAAAGGUCUAUUCAAAGAAAUGCCAAACCUAAAGAACGUAGAUUUACGUGUUAACGAGCUCACCGAAGUACCUGAAGAAGCAUUUGACGAAAACGCAUCUCAGCUUGAGCACAUUUUAUUAGAUGUUAAUCCGCUGAAUUGUGAUUGUGCGCUUAAAUGGAUUGUGACGAAUGGGCCAGAAGUGAGAUCUGGGACUUGUGAAUCUCCCGUUGAAAUGAAAGAAAAACGCUUGAGUCAACUAACAGCAGAUGAUUUUGAUUGUUGAUAAUGAUUCGGAAGCGGAAAACUGCAGUGAUACUAAAGAACCGAGGCAAAAAUAAAUCCUGUAAUAAUAGAAAAGUAUGCAAAUAUAAAUAAAGCCAAAAAUAAAGAAAUGAGUUUUUAAUUAA